CGGAAGGAGGGAGGGGAGCGUCUGACGUCACGUUCCUCUAAACAAACCUGGUCACGACGCAGCGCUGGGCACGCGCCCCUCCCACCUCCUCCGCUGUGUUUAUAAUGGGACCAUCCCGGCCGGAGACUGACCACUGACCACACUCGGGUUUUGUUGUUUUGAGGUAAACACGGCGGGUUUGUGUGGAUAACAGUGGAAAACGACAUCAAAUAAAGAGCUGAGGGAAACAAGGAGAUGUACUGGGACACUUUAAUCAAAACAGGAGACAGAAACGUGGACAGCAAAGACUCGAAAAUAAAGAUGGAGGUUUGCCCGACUGGAUAUUACACCGAAGACUUCAGAACACAGGAAGUGCCAGCUGGCUUUGACUUUGCAUCAUAUGACUACCCUGGUGAAGACCUGUCUUUUCUGUUAGACAGUAAAGCACCUGGACAGCAGUACGUCACGGAAAGCAGCUACACAGAGCCACCAAAAGUGUCUCAACCAUAUGAGACUAAAGUUGGUGCUGGUGACACAGCCCUUGUCAACCUAGUUUCAUACCAGGACUUCAACUGGUGGGCCUCUUAUCCACAUGAUGGACUGACAGUAGACCAGCCUCAAACUGGAUACCAGGAGUCUCCACAGACGUACCAGAGCUUGAUGCCACAAAAUGGACAGUUUAGCCCGGCCAUGGAGGGCAGCAGCAGCCCCUUUGUAUCCCCAAAAGGAUCAAAUACAUUACAAAGUGAGACGAAUCAGAACUACUCGUGUCACUCAGCUGAACUCUAUGACUCUAACACUCAGAGGCAGUCCUCCUCCUUUUGGCCAGAGUACACCUCCUCCAGCUUCACUGCCCCAGUGCAACAUCCAGCUCCCACCUCCUGCCCUUCAAACCUCAAUCCUCAGUCUUCAGAGCAGUACUGCCCCCGUGUGGUCAAACGUAAAAACGCACACCCACAGAGACCAGAGAGGGAGGGCCCGAUGACGGGAAUGUCAGCAUAUCCAGGUUCUGGUCCAAUCCAGCUGUGGCAGUUUUUACUGGAGUUGCUUCUGGACUCUGCCUGUCGGACCUUCAUAUGCUGGACGGGAGACGGAUGGGAGUUUAAGAUGUCUGACCCCACAGAGGUUGCAAAGCGCUGGGGCCAAUGCAAGAACAAACCCAAGAUGAACUACGAGAAGCUGAGUCGCGGUCUGCGUUACUACUACCACAAAAACAUCAUCCACAAGACUGCAGGAAAACGCUACGUCUACCGCUUUGUCUGUGACAUACAAGGCAUGCUGGGAAAGACAGCAGAGGAGGUCCUGACCAGUCUGAACGUUUUACCCUCAAACUCUGAAUCCUGGCAGUGCACUGGGGUACAGGCAGCAGCAACAUCAGAGCACAGCAGCGACACAUGGGCGUCUCAGUAGGGAACGGGUGCCUGGACUCUUAGUGCUGCUUGCCGAGUGUGACCGGCACAUAUCAAAGCAGGACUACAGCCUACAGAACAAGCACUGCCUUCACAAGCCCUGCAGGAACUUCAACAUCCACAGAGGGCGGUGUUGGCACAAGCAAACUAAGAGCCAAUUUAUCACAGAUGUAUUUCAGGGACACAAAAAGGAAUCUUGUAGCCAUUUUCUUCUGAUGUCACAGUCAUAGUGGGAAGCUAAGAUGCUGUCAUACUGUUAAGUGUUUAAUGGAAAUCUGACAUAUGUUAACAUAUAACAACCCCUUGAUUGAUUAAUAACUAAAAGGACAACAGCUGGUGAAAAUCCAGAGAUGCCAGGACAUGUUUGAAAACCCAUUUGGUACCAACAACCAAUUCACAACAGCUAUCAUCUGCAUUCAGCCAAUUCUAGCUUCAUAACUGUUAGCUAAUUUACAAUACUUUUAGAUAUGGAGUUAUUCCUUUAUUAUUGUAAAGUGUGGCACUAUCAGAGAGUCAUUUUAGGAACAUUUUUUAUGUGAAUAGUCAAAAUCUGAAGAGAUACCCAAGGCAUAUGAAAGGUAAAUGUAUUUGAUAAUCAGUGAGGGGUGGAAAAGGCUAAAUCUAGAUGGCUAACAUUUGUCUUCAACUUGUUUCUUGUUAAUAUCAUCAUUAGGUAGCUAUCCCACAUUUAUGUUAGCUAGGAUGUUGUUGAUGCUAUUAUUAGCUGUUGUCCAACGGUAGCUAAUAGGUUAUCAACUGUUUUCUUUGUCUUAAGAUAAAACAGUAUCUGCCUCAGGAUUUUAAUGAUCCAUUUUCUCCAAAGGGAGGCAAAAAAGUAUUCUUAUUUCCAGAUUCCCAGUAUAAAAUAACGUCAUUUUAGCUUCCCACGUAUGGUAAAUAUGCGGCAUUUUUUUCUGUAGUUUAUGAUGAAAUUAAAGUCUUAAAAUGAUCUUACUCAAACUUCAAGGCAUAUCAACUACUCCCCAGGAACCAGCAAGGAGCAUUUGAAGCACUAUGAACAGUAUUUUUUAUUUUUUUUUAUAUCUGAGACUGUUAUUCUGUGUGAUUUGUUUGAAAGGGAAAGUGUUUUGUAAAUAGUGUAUAUUAAGUGGCUAUGUAGAGUUUUGUGCAUAUAUAUUAUUUUUCUAUACAAAACUCAUGUCUACCUCUUUUGCUACUCAGAAUAACAAGCUGAGAUGAUUUGCAGACGCUCACUGUGAAAGUCUCGGCACGUGUUCCGAUGGUUUUUUUGUAAAUAAAGUGAUUAUAAACAUAAA